GAGAGAGAGAGCGUGCUCCACAAGCUUCCUUCUGCUGUGACUGCCGGGCCAGCCCACAGAGGGCACAGCAUGUGGGAACUCCGGUCCAUAGCCUUCUCCAGGGCUGUGUUUGCCGAGUUCCUGGCCACACUCCUCUUCGUCUUCUUCGGCCUCGGUUCGGCCCUCAACUGGCCACAGGCCCUGCCCUCUGUGCUGCAGAUUGCCAUGGCCUUCGGCCUGGGUAUUGGCACCCUGGUGCAGGCUCUGGCCCACGUCAGCGGGGCUCACAUCAACCCUGCCGUGACCGUGGCCUGCCUGGUGGGCUGCCACGUCUCCUUUCUCCGAGCUGCCUUCUACGUGGCUGCCCAGCUGCUGGGGGCUGUGGCAGGGGCCGCUCUGCUCCAUGAGAUCACACCACCCGACAUUCGAGGGGACCUGGCUGUGAAUGCACUCAGCAACAACACAACAGCAGGCCAGGCUGUCACCGUGGAGCUUUUCCUGACCCUGCAGCUGGUGCUCUGCAUCUUCGCUUCCACAGAUGAGCGUCGUGGAGACAACCUGGGCACCCCUGCCCUCUCCAUCGGUUUCUCCGUGGUCCUGGGGCACCUCCUUGGGAUCCACUACACUGGCUGCUCCAUGAAUCCCGCCCGCUCCCUGGCUCCUGCUGUUGUCACCGGCAAGUUUGACGACCACUGGGUCUUCUGGAUCGGACCCCUGGUGGGCGCCGUCCUGGGCUCCCUCCUCUACAACUACGUCCUGUUCCCGCCGGCCAAGAGCCUGGCCGAGCGCCUGGCGGUGCUCAAGGGGCAGGAGCCCGACGCCGACUGGGAGGAGCGCGAGGUGCGGCGGCGGCAGUCCGUGGAGCUGCACUCGCCGCAGAGCCUGCCGCGGGGCAGCAAGGCCUGAGCGCACCGCCCGCCCGGCCCCGAGGCCCCGGCCCCAGGCUCCGGGGGAAGAGCUCCGAGGGACUGCCCGCCCGCCGCCCAGCCAGCCCCUCCUCUCCCCAGGUCCGAAGGCCGCCCCGGGCGUGCGCCGCGCCCAGGAGCCGCUGCGGGGGCUGCGGGGUGGCGGUGAGGCCGGCAGACCCCCCGUCCCCCAGGCUGCAGGCAGUGAGCAGUCCGGACGCUCUGGCCCCUUGCAGGCAGCUGGACAUUUGGGGAGGGAAGGCCAGCAGGCGGAGGAAGGCUCUGGGGAGGCCGCACCGGGUACCGCGGGGGAGGGGGAUCUGGGAACGGUGCGGCAGGUUCUGCUAGUGUGCAAGUGUGUGUUCCUCCCUAGUGUCUCUCUGUCCCCAAGUGCACGGUGGUGCAUGCUCCUGAGUGUAAGUGGCUGUGCCCGUGGUGGUGUGAGUGCACUGGCUGGCAACCUCUCACUCCCCUCUUGACCCCUCCCCCCCCAGUGCAAUAAAUCUCCUCCCUCUGCAGCCCCAUCCUCCCCAGGAGCUCUAAGACAGUGCUCCUCAGGAGAAGGGAAGGGGAGGGUCUGGAGGCCCCUGAGAGGGCUGAAGGGAGGGCCCUGAUGGGCAACCCCUACCCUGCCUCUCCUGGAAAAUUCCCCCAAGCUGCAGCGCUGGGCCCCAAGGUUUGCCAACUUCCCAUUGCUAGAGACAGAGAAUAUCAGCCAGAGAAUGGCUUCCCCAAAAGUGUCUUCCGGGGAAAAGGGAGGGUUGGGUGGCCAAGGACCUCCUUUCUGCCCUGAGGGAAGACCUCUUCAAAGAAGGAAGCCGGCAUGUGUGUGUGCAUGCCUGUAUGUGUGUGUACAUGCCCUACAUGUAUGCAGGAGACCCCCAUCUCCAGGGGGCUCCAGACCCAGAGAUUAGCCUGUGGCAGAGAAAACAAAAGCCCUCUGCGGGCCCCAGCCUUUGUCUUGGGAGAGGGGGAGAUUUGCAACUGGACACUUGGUGAAAGGAGACACUCCGUUUCGCAAGUGAGGCCUCUCUCCUGGCACGCACCCCUGGCUGGCUGGCCAGGGCCUUCAGGCAUGCGGCCACAGGCCUCGCUCCCCCGGAAUCUCUCUUCCUCUCCCUCCCUUCAGGUUUCCACCCUAGUUCAGUUACUGGGGGGCGAGAGCAGCCUAGCACUCGCAGGACCACAGAAGGGAAAUGACUUGUCCAGGCAGAGGCAGGUCUGUGUCUAGAGCCUGGGCUUCUACAUUUCCAGGCCAGUGCAAUGGUUCUCAAAUGAGAUUAAGUGGGAUUAAGUGAGAUGAUGCAUGUGAAGAUGCUGUGUGAACUGUAAUUCCUCAUACCAUUAGCACGCAUUAUUGGGAUUAUUUCAUUAUUUCCGCUUCCUGCGGGUAGAGCACAGAAGGGGCCUGAUCCUCAGCCUCUUUUACCUUCUUUAGAUGGUGGACAGUGCAAAGGACGGCCCUGAGAGUCAAGGCAGAAGGAGAUGGGUUUGGGGAUGACCCCAUCCUGGUCCAGCCUCUUCACCUCUCCUGGCCCUGAGUGCACCCUAGCUGUUCUAGCACUUUCCUCCUCCCAUCACCCAGACACCUUCCAUUCUCUCCGUCCCUCUCCAGUCUGCUGCAUAGCUAACCUCAGAAUCACAUCUUGAGCCCCUUUCUCCAUGCACUAGGGCCUUCCUGCUUCCAGGCUUCUGUCGGUGUCUGUCUCACACGGCACCGAGCACCCAGUGUCCUGGAGUCUCCAGCCCCUUCCUGCCCUCCACUCCCUUCAAAGAUGGACGGUGUAUGGGGAACAUCUCUGGGUGUGUGCCCACCUCCUCAUCUAUGCUUUUUGCUGUCAUCCUUGACCAAAGUUCCCUCUAGGGUCAGAAAAAGGCUGCCUUGGCCCAUAGGUGCUAUGGAAGAAAGGGUCCCGAACCCCCCGACAGCUGGUGACAGCCACCUGACCUCCUACCAGAGGAGAGGUUGUAUCAGAGACCAAAGUGACCUCUGGGGCUGUACUUUGAACUGCUCUCGAAGUUCAAAAGCAGCAAGGCAUUGAGCUGUAAGCCAAGCCUGCACGUGUCUCAGGCACCCCAUCCCCACCCCACCUCACCCCCACACAUCCCCCUAGAAGGUGCCAAGAAUUUCUCUUUAUGUCUAUCCCGCUUCCUGGAUUGCACCUCACCUAAAACCAAAUGUGACAUCACCACAACCUCCUGCCCUGAUUGCCCAGAUUGGGGUCACUAAGGUCAGAGGUCAAAGCAGGAUUCAAAAUGGUGAGGAUGGAGGGGACCUGACACCUAGUGAGCAUCUCUUGUGUCCCAACCUCUGUGCUAAAACCUCAGGCAGAUUAGGGAAGGAGGGCAGCUUCCAGGUCCGCCGGAUUUUAGCAUUUCCAACGCACUCCCUAUCAUCCCCCCUGAUUAUCUCCCAACCCUGUGAGACAGGCAGAGCAAAUACUGUUCUUCCCAUUUUAUAGAUUGAAGAACUGCAUUUCAGAGAAUGAUCUAACAUCACACAGCUGUAUAUGGCGGACUCAAAACUUGAACUCAGGCCUUCUUAUUCAAAAAUCCCAUGGUCUGGGGGUAUAGCUCAGGGAUAGAGCAUUUGACUGCAAAAUCCCAUGAUCUGUCCAUUCGGAGCUCAGGAGACACCAGGUCUGGUCUGGGGCAAGUCCUAAUUGCCCCCUUGGGCGCCCCUGGCAGAAACCAGAGCACACAACUGAGGCUGUCCAGCGCAGCCCUCUGUCUAGUGGUGGACACAGGCCCUUGGGGAGGGCCGCAGCAGGGUAGGGAGAAAAGGACAAAGAACACCAGGCUGGUUUCUGCCCUUGAAAAGCUCCUAGUCUGGAGGAGGAUGGAGGGCGGACACACCCAAAACCAGAAAGACGCAAGGCAGCAUGGAGGCAGGUGGACAGGCUUCCGGGUCCUCAAGCUGGGGACAGAGGAGGCUUUGAGCUGUCCCAGCAGCAUCCAUUCCCACAUCCCCACUUUGUGCCUGCAAAUGUUGCUUUCAUGUGGCUUUGUGUCUUUUCAGCGGUGAUUCUGUGUACACGCCGUGCCUCCCAGGCAAGACUGUAAGCCCUUUGGGGGCAGGGCUCCUUCCAGUUCUUGGAUGGCAUUCUGCUACGUAUUUUCCUUCAUCAGUCUGGUCUAGUACAGUGCACUGCAUAUAGUAAGCACUCAAUAAAUGUUCAUUUGCCAA